UAAUGGUAUCGUGUGCUUAAUAUUGCAUGUUUAUAUCAGCUCCAGGAUGCAUCUUUAUGACAUAUUUAGGAUUAAUGAUAGCUAUUGGAUCUGAAACUGUGUAUGUGGUACCUCAUAGUAGAAUUGAAGGUGCAUUUGCAUUAUUUAUUACAGCAGUGGUAUUAUAAUUAAUUAAAUAAAGCUUUAUGCAAUAUUUUUUGCAAUCAGCUACAAUAGUGAAUAUUCUCAAAUCUAAAGAUAAUAGAAUGUUGAUGAAUGGAUUAAUUCCUAAUAAAUCAGAGAAGCUGAAUUGGAAAUGUAAGAUAUUCCAAAGUUACCAAAAUCAUAAUUGUCUGAAACAGUAGAAUAACAAUAAUGAU